GGAACAAAAAUUACAUAAUCGGGCAUGUUGCCUGCAUGCGGGCUGGCACAGCUGCUUGACGACCGAAGCUUUUGCACAAAUGUCUUUGUAGUAUUUUGAUGUUUUUGAUGUUGAAAUUUGCUGAAGAAUCAAAAUAGACGAAGUGUUAAAAAGCAUAAAAUGGGAAAUUGUCACACUGUUGGACCCAAUCAGGUCUUGGUUAUUUCAGGUUAGUGUAAAAUAUUUCGUUUUAAAGUAAAAAAUUGACCUGGUUUGAAAUCGUAUUGUGAUUUUGUGAUUAAAAUGGUUCGGGUCAAAAAUAUGUGUGGCAUUUGAGUUUUGUAGUAUUAUGAAUAUCUUGAUUAUAUUAUUCCUUUAUAUUCUACUUUUUAACAUAUUAAUUGUUGUAUUUUGAAAUUAUUAUAUAUGCGAAAGGAACUUUCCUUUAUAAAACGAAAUCGUGUAUAAUUUUGAUUCGCAAAUUUUGAAAGCUCGUUUAAAGGUCUCCCGCGGAUAUUUGGACAAGCCCUUUCGAAAAUACGAGCUUUGCAUUCGCUGGAAGCUUCAAAGCUUCGGUAAAGUUUUAUUAUAUUAAGCCCUUUAAACAUUCAAAUUUCUGCUUGAAAUCGUAUAAUUUGUUGUACGCUUGUUUUGAGAGCUUUUGCUUUUCAAAUAAAAAUACUUAUAUCGUUGCAUGCUAUUUGACGGAUAUGAAAUAAACAUUCUUUGUAGAUUUCAAAAUAUGUAAGGAUGCUAGUUCGUUUUGUGCCUUUUACUUUAAUUUUGAAAUAUAUUUGUGCAUUAAAAGUUAGAUUUUAUGUAUGGAUAAUAUUGUAAGAUGUUAUUUUGAGAUGUCGUUUCGUACAAUUAAAAAUACAAAAUUAAUUUCAACAAUUAUUUGGAAUUUAAUAUACUAUUACGUUGACUCAUUGACCAUAUCGAACUUCCUUGCAUAUUAGACUUACGAACUUCAAGUGGUUUCAGCUCAAUUUAUACUUCAAUUGGGCAGGUUCUUGGCAUUUUUCCCUAAAUCGGGUAAAAUACCAUUUUCAUUGCCCUGUAAAUGGGGCAAGGCUGAAGGCUCCCCUGGUAAAGUGGUCUUGUGUCAGAGGAUGUACAUUAAGCCUGCCGCACACAAGAGAAAUGGUGGCCAGCUUAGCUAUGCUCAUAUCGUCUGUGCUCAUAAGCCUGCCGCCAAUGAGAGAAAUGGUGGCCAGCUCUCUUGUGUGCUGAUAUUUUUCGUGAGGAUUUAACUUCUCGAGGCCUUCAGGACAAUAUCUAUCGUGUUUGAUAUUUUUCACCUCGCAAGGAAAAAUGUCAACGUCUGCAGAUGUUGCGAGCUUAGUGCUGAGCUGCUUAAAAUUAACUAACCAAUGAGAACCCAUAGUUUCUUCAUGUGAUGUUGGUCAAAGUGGCGACAAUGAGUUGAAAUGCAAACGAUCUUAUCAACAAUGUUGCUGUUGAGUAGCUUUCCCAACAAGUGGGGCGGAAAUGCAUAGCUGAGCUAGCCGACAGAUGAGGAGGUUGGCUCAGCAAGCUUCUCUGGUGUGCUGCAUGUUUUAGGGUUUAUUAUAUGCUGAAUUCAUGUAUUCAGUGCUGGGAAAUGAAUUGCAACACUGCUGCUAGGAAUAAAAAAACCCAACUUUGCUGCCAGGAAGAGAAGUAUAUUUCCUAGGCCUGUUUGUACUGUUGCAUUUCAUUGCAUCUCACUAUUCUUUUUGUUUUAGGUGGUUGCUGUCAAGGAGGUAACCCCAAACCCAAACUAGUUGUUGGAGGAUGGGGUUGGGCCUGGGCCUGUGUUAGUGAUGUUCAAAGGUAGAAAAUACACCCCUGUAUGAAGUAUGGAGCAUGAUUUCUGAGCUAGUCAGCUAGAUAAUGCUUAGGGCCGUUUACACUUGCUAUUUUUGCUAUAAUUUCUAGUGCGAUUUUCUUCUUAGAACUAGGGAUGAGCCGAUAAGGAAAAUUGCCGAUUACUGAGGCCGAUUAUUUAUAAGCCGAUUAUUGUAACUAAUCGGCCGAUUAAUCGGUACCCACCGAUUAUUUUGAAAAGCAAGCGAAAAAUCACAAGAUGACCAACAAUGAAGUUGUAAAUGCGGUUUUAUUGUUUACAAUACACACUUUGUACAAUUAAAAACAGCUUCAGUCUCUCAUGUCAAUAGUCAAAGUUUAGUUUUGGCAGAUUAUGGUGUAAAAACAAGGCACUGUGAGCUAUGGGGAGCUAGUCUGCUGCGUUUUUUUAGUGGAAAUGUUCCCAGCUUCACUUCGCUUGAGACAAAAGACACAGGUUUGGCAACAAAAUGUGAAAAUCUAUUCGCUUGUAUUCAGUAUUUUAGCAUGUGAUUGGCAGCUGCAGAAAAGGUCUUAUGGCCGAUUAUUUGCCGAUUAUCAGGCAAUAAUCGGCCGAUUACCGAUUAUUUAAAAAACGGCCGAUUAAUCGGCUUUGCCGAUUAUUUACCGAUUAAUCGGCUCAUCCCUACUUAGAACUGAUGCAUGUGAAUGAGUAGAUGAGUAAUGAAUAUUCUGAGUAUAUGUAACUUCAUUUGAACAUUCAGAACUCAUCCACUCAUGCACAUGCAUCGGAAGAAGAAAAAAUCUCAGAAAAAUUACAAGUGUAAACAAGCCUGGAAAUAAGUGUCCGGUCACGGUCAUUGACCGGCACAAAUACGCGAUUUGUAGUGUUUUGACAGGCACAAAUUUGAUUGUGUCUGUCACUUUGUCUGGCACUCAUUCCAGUGGUUAAACUAAACUAAAAUAACCUUCCUGUCGACAAAUUCUCUAUUAUUUGUGCUAUAAAGUUUAAAGUUAUCCGGUUUAUUAAAUACAUUAAAUACACAAUGCUUUAAACACAACGCCAUGUUUGUGCAGUGUUUCCACUUGUUUCAUUUGCAAUCUUUCACAACUGGUGCAUAAAAAUCGUACAAGCUCACCAACCAUGCAGUAAUCUCUAUGUAUUUAAUGAUUUUAACCAUUGCAUAUUUUGUAUCCUAUGUUUUUGGCAGUCCGGUACAAUGACCGGUACGUUUUGUUUCAUGACAGGCACGUUUUGUUUCAUGACAGGCACGUUUUGUUUCAUGACAGGCACAAAUUCAUUGGUGCUGGUCAUUUUGACAGGCAGGUCCCCAAAAAUUAUUCCCAGGCUGGAGUGUAAAUGAGCCUUUAUCUGCUUUAAAUCAUUGCGUAGCUGCUGUUUAGAAGUUGAAGGUUUUCAAAACUCAUUGAGUGGCGGCACUCUCCCCUUGAUAAGCAAAAUCAUCUGGCAUUAGACAGGGUAACAUAAUAAAGUAGGGCACAUUGCCACUUACUGUAACAGUUAUGGCUCACUGUGGUUGAAAUACGCUUGUAUCCCACUGGGCACUUGGCCCCUUGCUUUCCUUUUACUAAUGUGUAAUAUUUUCAACACAGACUUACAUUAGAAGUGAUGACACUGAACCCAAAGUGUGAGUCAGUUGAGACAGCUGAGGGCGUGGCAGUUACCGUCACGGGCGUGGCUCAAGUGAAAGUCAUGCAAGGAGACUUCCUUGCCACAGCGUGUGAGCAGUUUCUUGGCAAGAGUACUGCUGAAAUUGAAAAUGUCAUUUUACAAACGUUAGAAGGGCAUCUCCGAGCCAUUCUUGGCACGUUGACUGUAGAAGAAAUCUACAAAGGUGGGUUUCAGUAAAUGUUACCACAAAACAGAUGGUGGUUAGCUUUCAGGAAUGUUGAAGUGUAAAUUCUACACAUGAGCAGCUGUUCAACUGCUGGAUUCUAUAGCUUAGUCAACCUCAUACCACAGAAUACUACACAGAAGUCCAUCUCCAUUGUUUUUAGCGUAAGCUCUAUUCGUCAUGAUUCGUCACUCAGCAAGUACCGUAAACAGAAGCAGUCACCCCCCUGGACGUGCGCCAUUUUUAGUAUUUCCAGGGGGGUGACUGCUUCUGUUUGCGGUACUUGCUGAGUGACGAAUCAUGACGAAUAGAGUUUACGCUAAAAACAAUGAAGAUGGACUUCUGUGUAGUAUUCUGUGCUCAUACCCAGGGUCUUUCCUCUUGUGAAGAAAAGACCCUGGUAGAUGCUGGUCAUGUGAUCUGCUAAAAUCGAGCAGAGUUUCAAUUAGCAAUCCAAGAUAAGGUCAAUAAAUAUCUGAUAUUUGGAUGAUUUUUAUAGUUUAAUUUAUAAUUUGUAUGAUUGUCGUAAAGGAAUCCAAGAUAGUUAAUUAGAAAUCUGCUAGAUUUUAGCAGAUCACAUGACCAUCGUCUACCAGGGUCUUUCCUCCACAAGAGGAAAGAGAAAGACCCUGGGUACAAGGUUGUAGCUUAGUUGGUUAGAGCGCCACACUGGAAUCAUGCAGUGACGAAGCCAGCCCGACAAUUUGGUCAUGCUAUGCAAAUAUUUCUGUGUUCAUAGACCGCGAAAACAAUCAAUUUCUAAAGAAAUGAGUAAUUAUAAUAAUUUAAAAUUUGCAUAGCAUGACCAAAUUGUCAGGCUGGCUCCGCCACUGACUGGAAUUGCAGGGCCGCAGGUUCGAUUCCUGUCAGAGGCCCUAUAGUUACAUUUUUCACAGCUGCUCCUGGACAAGUCUAAAAAAUUAUAUAAUUUACACAUGAAAUUUCCAUAUACAAAAACCCUUCAGCAAUUAGCCAUUCUGAAGUCGAUGAGAGGAUUGGGGAUGAGUGUUAAAAAGUGCCCAAAUUAAAAAAUGAGCCAAAUCACUAAAAGACCACCUCAAAAUUAGUAAGUAUACAAAGUUUGAAGACGUUUACAUGAAUAUCUUUCGAAUAAUAAGCUUUCAGAAAUCGUGAUAUUUACUAUGAAAUGUAUUGCAAUUUUUGUUUUUGGGACGCGCGUCCCCAAAACAAUCUUUUAAUCAGUAAUUUCAUAAUUUUCGAAAGCUUAUUAUUCGAAGGGUAUUCAUGUAAACGUCUUCAAACUUUGUAUACUUACUAAUUUUGAAGUGGUCUUUUUAGUGAUUUAAUUCAUUUCUUAAUUUGGGCAUUUUUUAACACUCGUCCCCAGUCCACUCAUCAACUUCGGAAUGGCUAAUUAGUUCUAUCAAGUGAGAUGCACAAAAUCCUGAUAUUUAUCCAUGAUAUCAGGCAGAAAAUUUAACUACAUCUUUAAUUUUAUUUGCCUCAAAAUACACAAAAUACAAGACUAUUACUAACAUUAUUUCCUCACUCUGAUAACUGCAGGUUGACCACCAUCUGCUGCACAUUUAGUGUUCAGUGAAAUCCAACUAUUUGCUUGGUUUUGGGUCUGACUUCGUGUGAAUUAAGCAUUUACAGUAGACAGAUAAAUAUGUAGACUAUAGGGCAAUAUGUAGACUAUAGGGCAAUAUGUAGACUAUAGGGCAAUAUGUAGACUAUAGGGCAAUAUGUAGAAUAUAGGACAAUAUGUAGACUAUAGGGCAAUAUGUAGACUAUAGGGCAAUAUGUAGACUAUAGGGCAAUAUGUAGACUAUAGGGCAAUAUGUAGACUAUAGGGCAAUAUGUAGACUAUAGGGCAGUAUGUAGACUAUAGGGCAAUAUGUAGACUAUAGGGCAAUAUGUAGACUAUAGGGCAAUAUGUAGACUAUAGGGCAAUAUAUGUAGACUAUAGGGCAAUAUAUGUAGACUAUAGGGCAAUAUGUAGACUAUAGGGCAAUAUGUAGACUAUAGGACAAUAUGUAGACUAUAGGGCAAUAUGUAGACUAUAGGGCAAUAUGUAGACUAUAGGGCAACAUGUAGAUUAUAGGGCAAUAUGUAGACUAUAGGGCAAUAUGUAGACUAUAGGGCAAUAUGUAGACUAUAGGGCAAUAUGUAGACUAUAGGGCAAUAUGUAGACUAUAGGGCAAUAUGUAGACUAUAGGGCAGUAUGUAGACUAUAGGGCAAUAUGUAGACUAUAGGGCAAUAUAUGUAGACUAUAGGGCAGUAUGUAGAGUAUAGGACACUCAUAGCCUCCAGUAGCAAAUUAAGUUAUGUAUCAUGCAUAAAUUAUAUAAUGGAUUAAUUAUUCAUUCAAUUUACUUUGUCCAGCAAAGCAAGACAAACGAAGUUUUGCUAAUUUCUCAUCAACUUUUAAUCUAAUUGUAACCAAAGUUUAACCAAUUGUUCGUUGGGCAAUGACCAUUAGAUCCACAAAUUUUCAUAUCAAUACCGGUACAUUUGGUAGAGAAACACACACAGACAAACACACAUACAUACAUACAUAUACACCGAGAUGAAAACAUACACUCCUGGUACGGAGGUAAUAAACAUUUGAAAUUUCGCCCUGUUUAGAUCGUGACAGUUUUGCCAAGCUGGUACGUGAAGUUGCGUUACCAGAUGUGGGUAAAAUGGGAAUUGAGAUUCUCAGUUUUACGAUCAAAGAUAUUGAGGACAAGGUGCAGUACUUGGACUCUCUUGGUAAGACGCAAACAGCGAAAGUCAAACGUGAUGCUGACAUUGGUGUGGCUGAAGCUAACAGAGAUGCUGGGAUUAGGGUAUGUAUUUUGGAUAAUUGCCCAUAAUUACUCUUAGGAAUGGGCCAAAAUCUAAUAGGAAUUCCUACAGGAUUUUUUUCUUUGGAAAGUCUUUAAGCAGUGACUGGUAUCAUUCAUUUAGUGCAUAUACAUGCAGAUAGUCUUAUAUACAGAUAUGCCAAGGUUCCCCUUUGUUGAGUAAAAUCGUUCGGUGUUAGAUAAAGUAAAGUAACAAAGUAGGGUGCAUUAGGACGCAAUUAGCUUUUCUCACGAUGACGAAUAUCCGCCAUUUUUGGGUGGCAUCUAGUUCUCGUUAACCAAUGCAGACAAUUAAAACAAUGUGAAAAGAUUAUAAAAAGUCGCUGUUAUGUGGACUUAUCGCACAAACUUUGGCUGAGAAGCCACCCAAAAAUGGUGGCUUGAGAAAGCAAUUAGCCUUUCUAUUAGCCUCUAUACAUGCAAUUAUGUAUAAUCAGUCGUAAUAGUAUCAUUAAUAAUUAUAAUAAAUCUAUUUUUUCUAACACAAGGAAGCGGAAUGCACAAAGGAAAUGAUGGAUGUGAAGUAUUCCACCCAAGCGAAGAUUGCUGAUGCUUCUAGAGAAUAUCAGAUGAACAAGGCAGCGUUUGACCAAGAAGUCAACACAAAGAAAGCUGAGGCUGAAUUGGCCUAUGAACUACAGGUAUUUCACAAAAUGAACGGUGUGUGCCCAAAAAAAUUUUCCGGACACCCUUCACUACCUUUUCAUUCAUGUACCGUAAUUUCUUAAAUUUACAUUCGCCUUUGUCUUUCAGGAUUAUGACCAUGUUGCCGUUGCCCUUGUAUUUGCCAAACUCUCUAGUGGGCCCUGACGAAGGGUUUUCGCUUGAAACGUUGAAGUUCGCGUCCUCUAAUACUUGCAUUAUUUUCUCCCUGUUAGGCCAACAAAGAAAAACAAAAGAUUCGUGAAGAGGAAAUCCAAAUUCAGGUCGUAGAACGUAGAAAACAGAUCUCAGUCGAGGAGAAGGAGAUCGAGAGGAAAGAAAAAGAAUUGACUGCGACGGUGAAGAGACCCGCCGAAGCAGAGAGCUAUAAAGUACAGACUUUGGCUCAAGGACAGAGGUAUGUAGUAGAGAUGAUACCUCAACGCCUUCAGUCUGAGAUGUGCAGUUCAAACGGUCUGUGCCAAGGUAGUGCAAAUAAAGUUUAGUUUAGGUUUCGUCCUGUAGUACCACUGGAUCAAUAAGAGAUGAUCCCUACUGGACCUCUAGGGAGAACAGUUUAGCACUGAUAGACCUACUCAGUAUAAAUAAAGUUAGUUUAGUUUAGGUUUCCUCCUGUAGUAACACUGGAUAAAUAAGAGAUCAUCCUUACUGGACCUCUAUAGGAAGAACAGUUUAGAACUGAUAGACCUAUCCAGUAUAAAUAAAGUUAGUUUAGUUUAGGUUUCCUCCUGUAGUAACACUGGAUCAAUAAGAGAUGAUCCUUACUGGACAUCUAGGAAGAACAAUUAAGAAAUGAUAGAGCUAUCCAGUAUAAAUAAGGUAAGUUUAGUUUAGUCUUCCUCCUGUACAGGUAGGUUUCCUUUGCUAAGUGUAAGUCUGUUUCCGACAGGAUUGCAGAGUGUAAUACUACAUUUGUGUUACAUAUUCCUUCUAUAAUACCACUGUGACUAACAUUUUUACCUCCAGGACAAAAACCGUGGCUGCCGCUCAAGCCGACGCUGAGAAAAUUAAGGUAAGUCUGACUUGAAGCAUUCUUUCAUCUUGAGUCAUACAGUAUUACAGUUCACUUCCAUAAUACAAUUAUGUUGGAUAGUAUGGUGAGUUCCAUAACAAACUCUGUAUCCUGGUUUGUAUAGAUGGUUGGUGCGGCCGAAGCUGCAUCUAUUGAAGCAAUUGGUAAAGCCGAAGCUGAGAGAAUGAGACAGAAAGCUGCUGCGUACAAACAAUAUGGUGACGCUGCUAUGAUGUCGCUAAUCUUAGAAUCAUUGCCCAAGGUAAGUUCUGUUUCAUCUCAACCGUGAGAAACGCCAGAACUCCCUUUACAAAUGCCAGAACUUGGUUUUCAAAUGCCAGAACUUGGUUUUCAAACGCCAGAACUCCCUUUACAAAUGGCAGAACUCCCUUUUCAAAUAGCAGCACUCCCAUUUCAAAUGGCAGAACUCCUUUUUCCAAAUGCCAGAACUCCCUUUACAAAUGGCAGAACGCCCUUUUCAAAUGGCAGAACUCCCUUUUCAAAUGGCAGAAUUCCCUUUUCAAAUGGCAGAACUCCCUUUUCAAAUGCCAGAACUUGGUUUUCAAAUGCCAGAACUUCCUUAUCAAAUGCCAUACCUCCCUUUUCAAACGCCCAAAAUCCGUUUUCAAAUGCCAGAACUACUUUUUCAAAUGCCAGAACUCUCUUUACAAAUGUCAGAACUCCCUUUACAAAUGUCAGAAUUCCGUUUUCAAACGCAAGAACUUAUCAAAUGCGAGAAUUUCGUUUUCAAACGCCAGAACUCCCUUUAAAAAUGCUAGAACUCCCUUUACAAAUGCCAGAACUCCCUUUUCAAACCCCAGAUGAGAAUUUCGUUUUUAAACGCCAGAACUCCCUUUGCAAAUGCCAGAACGCCCUUUUCAUCUAGAUUGCUGCUGAGGUUGCCGCUCCGCUUGCCAAGACGGAGCAAAUUGUGAUGAUAAAUGAUGGUGGAAGCAACAGCGUAUCAAGCGAGGUUACCAAGCUGGUUGGUCAGCUACCGCCUGCCGUACAAGCUCUCACUGGUAUUGAUCUUUCGAAGGUAACUGGAGUAUAAUCCUUUUGUGAAAGUGUGUAUUUGCUCGUAGAGAAAAAUACUAUAAUAUUCAAAAUGUGUAACGUCUGAGUCAAGCCCCGUAUAGAGACGGGCAAUUUUUCCUUGACAAGUUUUAUUUGAUCGUGUAUGGCAAGGAAAAAUUGCCAAUAUUUUGCCGCAAGCAGCUUUGUUCCAGAGCUAGUCAUGCCAACUUUUGGACAAGAAAAAUACUUGAAAAGUAUAUAAGAAAUACUUCUGUGGUUUUGGGUUUUUGGCAAACAAAAAGAGAUAAAUGUUUAACAACAUUCUGUGAACACGCGAGCCUCAAGCCUUAUCAAGGAAAACUUGUUGACCGUACACACGAGAAAGUAAACUCGUCAAGUAAACUUGUCAAGGAAAACUUGUUGACUGUACACACGAGAGAGUAAACUCGUCCAGUAAACUUGUCAAGGAAAACUUGUUGAUUGUACACACGAGAAAGUAAACUUGUCAAAGAAAACUUGUUGACUGUACACACGAGAAAGUAAACUCGUCAAGUAAACUUGUCAAGGAAAACUUGUUGACUGUACACACGAGAAAGCAAACUCGUCAAGUAAACUUGUCAAGGAAAACUUGUUGACUGUACACACGAGAAAGUAAACUCGUCAAGUAAACUUGCCAAGAAGUAAACUUGUCAAGUAAACUUGUCAAGGAAAACUUGUUGACUGUACACACGAGAAGGUAAACUUGUCAAGGAAGCUUGUUUGGUUUAAUUCUUAACUAUAACUGAAUCCAUUUUUGUUUAGGUUCUUGGCAAAGUUCCUGGGGCGCAAGCUGUAUAAUACACAAGAAACUUUAACUGACAGUGAACGGAUAAAUUUUAACGGAUAAUUGUACUAAAUCUAGGCCCAUUAUAGUGGUCACGGUAUAUAUUAGCAAGAGUUAAGCGUGUAUGGUUUCUAGGAGUUUGCCUCGAUCUCAUUCAACGGUAUAGACAUAAUUGCAUUUCCUAGCAAGAUAAAAGUGCGACUAUCCCCAAAUAUAAUGUUUGGUAUGUGUGUUGGGUCAUUCUGAGAAGAAAUGUAAUGUAUCUUUAUAGUAAAAAACCUCAUCUUGAUCAACUUUUCCACUGUCAUAGUUCCAGAUAUGAUGUCAUUAGGUGAAUUUUUGGUAAAAAAAAAACAAAGGAAAACUAAUUUGCAAUUCACCUAAUGACAUCAUAUCCGGAAACUUUGACAGUGAAAAAGUUGAUUAAGAUGGGAUUUUUUAUUAUAAAGAUGUAUUACAUUUCUUUUUCGAAUGACCCAAAUAUUACACAUACCAAAAAUCAUAUUAGUGGUUAGUCGCACUUUAAGAAAGGCAUAGAGAAUAAAGUGAUUUUUCAUUCAUAUAAUUGUUAAUCAUGCUUUGUUUAAAUAUUUAAAUAUCUGAAACUUAAUUAGCGUCCAGUAUGCGCAGUAUUCUACAAUAAGCUGCAGUAGUUUGUCUGAAUUACCUGAACAAGUUUAAUCUCGAAAUUUACCCUAGGCCUGACUCGACCUGCCGUGAUUUUAAUGGUUGUUUUCAGAUGCAAAUCACGCCAGCUUUUUGUAGACAUCUAUCUGCACUGGACCGUUUGAAGCUAAAUCACCCUGAUAAAGCCAUUAGCUCGUGAAUCGCUCGUUGAUUAGAACUAACAAGUGUAGUCGGUGAUAAAAUGAGCAAGAUACUUCUGUUUUUAGCGCUAUUAUUUUUGUAAUUUAUGAAAUUAAUAGCUUGUGCACAGUGGCGUAGACUAUAUGAUUACUUUUUUUGUGGAAAAUCUUCGUUCUUUAGAAUUUUUUGCCUUAACUAUUUCGUGCAAUGUAUAACUUAAUAAUCUAUAGCCUAUCAUGUUUUCAUGAUCGAAAAAUAAUUGUCACAGCUUUGUGAUACAGUUAUUCAGCUAUCAAUCAAAGGUUUUCGAAAAUUAUUGGGGGAGCCCAUUCUGCUCUGCCACCCUAUAGUCUCCGCUACUGCUUGUAAACUAAAGUAUUUUGCUAGUUUUUAUAGUACUAGGUUUACUAAUCUUGAUGCUGUAUGAAAUUAUGUAGCACAAUAAAUUUUCUCCAACCAUUUCUGCCUGUAAUUUA